AUGGGUUGCACCAAUUCAAAGCCAAAAGUAUGCCAAAAAUGCAAUGCACACUAUUAUUCUCCAGUGCAUCGUAGCAACUCGACGAACAAACGUAUUCCUAUCGAUAAAGAAGACUGUAGCAUCCACCUGGUCUCUCUCACUUCCUCAACACUAGGAUCUUUGAGACUUGAUCCACUGAAACAACAUAUCAAAGAUGAUGAAUUAUUGUUCAAAAAAGAUGAAGAGUUGGAAAUGGGGCUGAUUCAGACAAAGACAUGGUCUCAAAUGAUCAAUGAGAAAAUCCCAAAAGUGAUUCCUAAGACUACAAUUACAACUUCUCCUGGUGGUGAACCAGAGAGUGUCAAUGUUUGGGAAUUGAUGGAAGAUCUUGAAGAUAUUAAUCUUCUUGCAUCUCCUCAUCGUGUCUGUAGAUUUUCUUUCGAUGUCUUGGACAAUCCUUAUGAUCAGCUUACGCCUCGACUGAAAUCAAACUGUAGAGUUGCUGAUCUUAAAUUGGUGCAACAGAAUGAAGACAAAGUGAUUUUAUACUUCACUAGCCUGAGAGGAGUGAGGAAAACGUAUGAGGAUUGUUGUUGUGUUCGGAUGAUUUUGAAGGGACUAGGUGUUAAGAUCGAUGAAAGAGAUGUAUCGAUGCAUGCAGGGUUUAAGAAGGAAUUGAAAGAGUUACUACCAGGGGAAGGAUACAUGCUGCCAAGGGUAUUUCUGGGGAGAAAAUACAUUGGUGGGGUUGAUGAAAUAUGCAGAAUGGACGAAAACGGACAGCUUGAGAAGGUAGUAGAAAGCUGUCAAAGGGUAGAAAAUGGAGUUUGUGAGAGCUGUGGAGAUGUUAGGUUUGUGCCAUGUGAGACAUGCUAUGGAAGUUGUAAAUUAUACUAUGAAGCAGAGUAUGAUGAAGAAGAUGAGUGUGGUUUCCAACGAUGCCCAGAUUGCAACGAAAAUGGGCUUAUACAAUGUCCGAUUUGUUGUGACUAA